UUAAGCAGACUAAAUCGAUCACGUGAUUUUAAGGCACAUGUUGUCUUCAUUUGUUCUGAGUUCAGUUACAAAUGUAUAUGGAGAUGUGUGCGUCGUUCUUUCUGGUAUAGAAACGUGACAGCUACAGAGAACCACGAUGGAUGAGACAAUAAGACACCACAACCCUAACCCGUUGCUAAAAGCGAAUUGGGUUUCAAAGCUUUUUUUCUGGUGGCUGAACCCAUUUUUCGCCAAAGGCUACAAGAGAAACCUAAGCACAGACGACAUGUACAAUGUUGUCCCAGAGGAUUCUUCCCAGCAGCUCUGUCAGAGACUGGAGAGUGAAUGGGAAAAAGAGAUCGUCAAGUUAAGAAAUGGAGGGAAGCCUAGUCUUGUCUGGGCUCUGGUUCGAACAUUUGGCAAGAAGUAUUUUUUACUGGGGUUGAUUGUUUUAUGCGAGGAAUCCACCAAAGUUGUUCAGCCACUGUUACUGGGAGGGCUAAUUCGGUAUUUUACACCAUCCUCCACUGUCUCUCAGCGUGAUGCGUACCUCUACGCAAUGGGUCUCAGUCUCUGCUCUAUAACCCUCGCCAUUCUUCACCAUCCCUAUUUCUUCGGUGUGCAGAGAAUUGGCAUGCAGAUUAGGGUGGCAUGCUGCUCUCUACUUUACAAGAAGGCUUUGCGUCUCAGUAACAAGGCUCUUGGGGAAACAACGACGGGGCAGAUUGUUAACCUGAUGUCUAAUGAUGUUAACAGGUUUGACCAGGCAUGUCUUUUCCUACACUUCCUGUGGGUGGGGCCUCUUCAGGCCAUAGCGGUCCUCAUCAUUCUCUGGCAUGAGCUAGGACCUGCCUGUCUGGCUGGUUUUGGCGUGUUGUUGUUGCUGAUCCCGGUACAGGGAUGGAUGGGACGAAUGUUCUCCAAGUUAAGACAAAAGACAGCCAAGUUCACGGAUGAGCGCGUUCGCCUGAUGAAUGAAAUUAUCACAGGUAUGAGAGUUAUUAAGAUGUACUGCUGGGAAAAACCCUUCGGAAAACUUGUGCAGAAAGUUCGAAGGCUAGAGAUGAAGUACAUUCACACUAAACUGAGGUGUGGCAGCGGCCUCUCCGUUGCCAUGACGUUUGGUGGCAAGUCCUACUUCCUGGCAGCUUGUCUCGUUGUUGUUUUUGGACUGGGACGACCAGUGCUCGCUGAGUGGGCAUUCGUCUGCAUCAGGUUCUUCGAACUUCUCCAGCUCACGUUCGGGAAAUAUAUUAUGAGCGCCAUCUACUGGCUGGCUGAGACAAAGAUAAGCGUGCAGAGACUUUUAACCUUCCUGUCACUAGAAGAACUGGAAGAGAGUGCAUCGCUGAAGAAAUCAUCCAAUCGCCCCCCACCUAGCGAGUGCGGUGUCACCAUUAGCAAUUUCACUGCCAAAUGGGACAAGAAUGUUGAGCAGAACACAUUGGAGGAC